AUGGCGGUGACUAAUGACACAGUCACAGAUGUGUCAUUUUUGUAUCAGCAAAUCUUUAAAUUAGAAUUUGAUGCUGUCACUACUACUAGAAUUGUGGUGGCUGUGUUGAUGCCUCUUUUCUUCAUCUUUGUAAAUUGUAUCAUGCUUUUUGCUCUAGGAAGCAAGUCUAUCUUCUUUGAGACUCCACGCUACAUUUUGUUCGGUCACAUGCUUAUAAAUGAUUCUGUACUUUUGUUGGUUACAACCGUCAUGUAUAUUAUAUCUAUUUCUUUCCUCAAUAUCAACAAAGCCUUGUGCACUCUUUUAGUUUUUAUCUCCUACUGCACUUUCCGUAACGCUCCUCUGACACUUGCAAUGAUGUCUCUGGAGCGGUACGUGGCUAUCUGUUUUCCUCUUAGGCACUGCAAUAUUGCCACACCAAAAAGGACCAGCAUCGCUUUAGGACUCAUCUGGAUCCUUAGUAGCAUAAAUAUUGCUAUAGACAUUAUUAUAGCAUUAGUUGUCAAUCCCAAUUAUUUAACAGAAAUAUUAUUAUGCACGCAUGAGAAACUGUACAUAGCCAAAUGGCAGAUGGAUAAACAUCAAGGGUUUGAUGUUCUUUAUUUUGUGUCUGUUGCUGUGGUCAUUAUUUUGACAUACAUUAGGAUUCUGAUCACAGCCAGGUCUGUCUCCUCUGAUAAAGAUUCAUGUAAGAAAGCCCUCAAAACUGUUCUGUUGCAUCUAAUUCAGCUGGGUCUGUGUCUCUGCACUUUCCUCUAUGCUACGAUAGAGAGAACACUGUAUAUGAUGUCAGGAAACAAUCCUUCUCUCUUCAUAAUCCUCAGGUAUCUGAGUUAUCUCAUUGUUCUUAUACUGCCACGCUGUCUGAGCCCAAUGAUCUAUGGUAUGAGAGAUGAUGCCUUGUGGCCUUUAUUCAAAUAUUUUCUUAUUUAUCGUUCAGGGAAAGUAAAACCUUCUGUUAAUAUACAUUAA